UGUCAUACUGUUGGAGUAAAGCGAUGGGGCUGGAUCAUCUUAGUGAGCAGAGGAGGAGUGGAGAAGCCGCGUCCUCUCGCGAAACCAGAGCGCAGAGUUUGUUUUUGUUCCAAGGACUCCCUGCUCGCUUUUAGGCGGCGCGUUCUUAUUUCACUGGAAGUGAUUUUUACAUGGCUCUUUAUUUUGGCUUUGGAGAAACGGCGGAGAUACUGGACCCAGUCAGUCAGAACUGCUAUCGGCUGGUGCAAAGCGUGGAGACAAAUGGAUUGGCGAGAUUAGGAUCAGCGUGAGGGCUUUUCAGCGAUGCCUCCGCAGGGUGUUGGGGAGUACAAACCCGUCCCAGAAACUGCAGUCCCACCGGUUCCGCCCAGAAGGGUCCGCGGUAAAGAUCUGUCCAGAAAGGCUCGCCGGGGUUCGGCGGCGGAGCGCAAGGUGAAAUGCGUGCUGGUGGGGGACGGUGCUGUUGGUAAAACUAGUCUAAUAGUGAGUUACACUACCAAUGGAUAUCCCACAGAGUACGUCCCAACGGCUUUUGAUAACUUUUCAGCGGUGGUGGCUGUGGAUGGCAAGCCUGUGAAACUCCAGCUGUGUGACACUGCAGGCCAGGAUGAGUUUGAUAAGUUGCGGCCUCUGUGCUACACCAAUGCAGAUGUCUUCCUGCUGUGUUUCAGCGUCGUCACACCCUCCUCCUUUCAGAACGUGCGGGAGAAAUGGAUCCCUGAGAUCCGCCGGCACUGUCCUCGUGCUCCCAUCCUGCUGGUGGGCACUCAGGCGGACCUCCGGCAAGAUGUCAAAGUGCUCAUCCAGCUGGACAAGUACAAAGAGCGGCCGGUGGGGCCACAGGAAGCCAGCAUGUGUGCCGAGGAGGUACGCGCUGUGUCCUACAUGGAGUGCUCGGCGCUUACCCAGAAGAACCUGAAGGAGGUGUUUGAUGCAGCCAUAUUGGCCAGCAUCCAGCACAUGGACAGCCAGCAGCAGCAGAGACUGACCAAACGUACGCCUGAUAAGAUGAGGAAACUCUCCCAAUCAUGGUGGAGGAAAUACUGCUGUCUGGCAUAGAGGAAUGUCUGAUGUAUGUACUUUUAAAGUCGUCAGUGUAGUCAGACUCGAACUGCCAUUUGGUUGGGGAGGGAGAAAGUGACUGCAUCCAGAAAGUCAUUUAAAUUAGUGGAACAAAGCACAGGAGAAAAGAACAAGUAAAAUGGAAAUAGUCACUGCAUAUUAACUUGACUGAUCCAUCAUUUACAGUGAAAAAAUGAAAAGAUGUCCAUAUUGAGUUAAAUUGUAUGUGUGUAUUCUUUUCCUCUUAACAUCUUACCAGGGACGACAGACGACUAACACUGAGUUCUAUCGAUACUGUCUAUCAGUGAGCACUGUCCCUGAAAAAUGAACAAGUCCUUCUUUAGAGCAGCCAUGUUUUAAUUGAUGAUGCAUCCAUUCUUUUUAUAUUCUCUCUGAUUACAAAGAGCUGCAGAGUGGAGCCACAUGCAAUAAUACAUUUCCAUAUUUUUCAGUGUUGAAUUAGCUUUGAAAGUCACAAGAGUCCAGUUGUACCCUGAAAGAGUUAAUUCAACAUUGGACAUUUCACUGUGCAGGGGUACAUCUCUAAAACUAAUGCAGUAAGACGGCCCUGAUGUGUUACUUUUUCGUCCAGACUAUCCAGCCUACACUGUGAAAUUACCUCUUGGGCGGUCCAAGCAGCAGUGCAUUAAUUUGCCAUUGUAUAUUUAUGCUCUUUCCUUCACCAUAAAUAUGUUGCUAAAUCCUAAUUAAAUUAACUGGACCUCCUAAGGCUAUCUGAUGGCAAGUGUCCAAGGCUUGUGUGACUCAAGAGUAACUGAAGUGUUAAAUCGCUGUUUAUCAAAAAAAAAAACCUGAAUUACAAGCAGAUAUUCUGGUGCGCUAUGAGUUGUUUGACAUCUCUGUUUACUUUCAUUGAUCUGUGCAGUUAAGCCCUUUUCAAAAACAGCUGAACAACAGCAUCUCAGCAGUUUGGCCUCUCUUGUUUGUUUAUUUUAUUGGGUUAAUCCAAGGCUUCCAUUCAAAACAUACCAUGAGGUCAUGGUCAUUUAGGCUGAGUGACUAUUUACCAGACCAGCUGAAAUGAACCUGAGAUGAGAGCUUAUCUUGUCAGCUGUUAAGUGAGCUGUUUGGUUCUUCAGUGCUUGAGUUAGAAAGAGGGUUUUUUAUUUGUAUGUUUUAGGCCUUGACUGCUUAUCUGUUAUGAUGAUAAGUGGUGGAAUAUGGGCCAGACAUGUUUAAAGCCACUUGAACAAUGUAAAAUAACAUUUUCCCAAUUAAAUUAGAGAUUAUGGACCAUCAUAGCGCCUUACCUGAGCUAAAUUGUGAAUUUUCUUAAAUUUCAGAAAGCCUUAAUAAUGUUGUUACAAAUUCAAUGUGACACUCGGAAAUAUCAGUGUAGUUGUGUGAGGUGUGUUUUAUUUAGAGUUGACAUAUUUUUUAAAGACAUAUAAACUGACCAGUGUUAUCUUAUUCAAAUUCAAUAUAUCAGAAGUGUAAGGCUACCAUGAGAAAACUGGAUAUUAAACUGGUUGUUUCUGGAUGUAUAAUAGCCUGAACAUAUAUAAAAUGACAGGGAAAUGUGAAAAAUGUCAUGUUUUUGGGCAUCAGUGGUUUUAAAACAAGAUAUUACUUUUAGACCAACUUUGUACCAUGAAAUAACAGUGACUCUCCAGUAACAUUGACUAUCAUGACCAACAAUAAUAAUAAUAGGAAUAGUUGUGUAUUACCACUUACUCCAUAUUAUUGCUCAUCACAGAUUACAGUAUAUUGCUAGCGCAUUUGAAUUUCACAUGCAUGGAAAUGUCAGAAGCCAUAGUUAUGAUUGUGAAAUCACAGUGAAUACUAUGUUUCUGAAGUACUGUCUCUAUUUAUAGACGACCUCGCAAACUGUACACAUUUGGAGGACAUUUUUCUGGUGUUAAUAAUUUAUCGGGUCACCCACAUCAGAUGAACUGGACAAGUCACCUGCUGAAAUGGGGCAAGUGAAAAAAAGAGAGAGAUUAAUGUUUCACCAGAUGAGCAGUGGUAGUAUCAAUAAGGCCCUCAUUGUCAAACAUGCUUGUACAGCAGUGAACUGAAACUGAUGUCUGUAAAGAAACUCAUGCAUCUUCACCCUGAAACAAAAAACAUGGCCUCAUGUCUACCAUUAGAGUGUACCUGAAUGUGGAGGAUUAUUAUGAGGAGUAUGAGAUGUAGUUGAAGUGAUGGGCUUUCUGGAAGUGAAUACUGUAAACUGUAAGUGUGAGUUGAAGGCUCGAAGAAUGGUUCUAAAUUUUGAGCAGAGUUUAAAACACACAUGCACAUAACUGGAAAGGAAGGUGGUGUUGAGGGACUCUGAACAUUCAAGAUGGUACAUUGCUGUCAAUACAUCAACAUGUAAUUGUUAAGUUACUGUAUGAAUUCUUAUAUGUCUUUGCUGGUGACAUAAGCUCUAAGACACGAGUGAACCCAAAAGGGUUCUUUGGAGCAACGGCAUGCAAGAGCCACUUUUGGGUCCCUGAAGAAUCAAAUCCACAUUGAAUGGUUCAUUUUAAAUUAUCUUAAGGCUGAAUCAAACAGAAUUUUGACCUGUAAAGAUUUUUUGUUUCGCUGUUAUAAAGAUGCCAUGUACAGAGCAGUGCUGCAACACUGUAAGCUGUCCCAUUUGCUGUGGGGAUGAGCUUGCUGUAACUAAGAUUUUCAAUAGACAAAGAUAUUCAGGGGAGUGGGCAAGAUAUAGAGUGUGUCAAAUACUGUACUUUUGAAAAUAAAAAUGCAGUUUGUUUACA